CCAGUGUAAACGAAUAAGCAAUCGUGCUAAAAAUAAAAAAUAAAAUUUUGGAAUUGUCACUAAGUAACCAAAAUAUUUCAAAAUGGGAGAUGUUGAAAUGAACCCCACCAAGGUCACCAUUGUCACCAAUGCUCCAGCUCCGGGCGCCAUCUCUGUGGGUCCCGUGGGGCCUGAUGAGAUGGCAGUCACCUGCCCCUCGUGCCUCGCCACCGUCACCACCAGGGUUGAGCGGAAAGCCUCCACCAAGACACACAUGAUCGCUUUGGCGAUAUGCGUUUGUUUCGGCUGUCUAUGCGCGUGGAUUCCCUACUGCAAGAACUCCUGCCGGAACGCUGACCACUACUGCCCUAACUGCGACUCCUACCUCGGAACGUACCAGAAUUAGUUUUAAUAUUUAUUACUUGUUAAGUUUAGUGUUCUAUUUUUAGUACAACUCCUUCCCAAAUCUAAUCUAAUUAUAGCUCCUACUUUCCUUAAGCUCUGUCUUGUUAAAAGUUCUUUUUUUAGUACAACCUCUUCCUUUUCAAGUCUUAUUAGCUGUCUCUCUGUUUGCGUUUGUUUUAUUGCUUUAAGAUUAAAGAAAUGAAAACAAAUAUUGCCCACUUGUAAGUUUUGCGUUAAGUAUUU